CCUGAGGGGGGCCCCCAGGGGGGGAAAGGGGCGGAGGAGGAGGAGGAGGAGGAGGAGAGUGGGGAAGGGCUGGCGCGGAAGCAGCAGCAGCAGCAGCAGCAGCAGGUGCUGCUGCAGCAGCAGCAGCUGCUGCAGCUCCAGCUGCUGCAGCAGGACCCCAGCAGACCCACCGAGGGCCUCCUCGCCCCCCCCUCUCCCUUCGCCCUCCUCACCCCCAAAAUGUCCCCCUCGGGGGGCCCCCCGGGCACCCCCGAGGGGGGCCCCGGGGGGCCCCCCGGGGGGCCCCUCAGCCCGCUGAGCCCCUGGGGGGGCCCCCCCUGGGGGGCCCCCCCUGGGGGCCCCCCGGCCCUGCUCCUCUCCCCAGGCUCCCCCGCAGGCUCCCCCCUGGGGGGCCCCCUGGGGGCCCCCCUGGGGGCCCCCCUGGGGGGCCCCCCGGGGGCCCCCGAUGAGGAAAGCACUUGGGAGGGGGGGGGGGCCCCCCUGGGGGCCCUGGUGGAAGUGAGGGGCCACAAAGGGCGGUGGAAGCGGCGGUGGGUGCGGCUGGCGGUGAGCCCGCAGCAGCUGCUGCUGCAGCAGCAGCAGCAGCAGCAGCAGCAGCAGCAGCAGCAGCAGCGGCGGGCGCUGCUGCUGGUCUACAGCAGCCCCUGGGAAGCCAAACCCAGGCAGCUUUAUGAGCUGGGGGGCCCCGAAGGGUUUGCUGCUGUUUGCUGCUUCCGCCAGGGGCCCCCCACUACCCCCACAACAGCAGCAGAGACUUCUCCGGAAGCAGAAGAGGGCCCCUGCUGCUCCUGGGGGGCCCCCCCUGGGGAGCAGCAGCAGGACCCUGGGGGGGCCCCCCGGGGGGCCCCCUCGCCCCCCAGGGGGCCCCUCUCGGUACCCUUUUUGGAGGGGCCCCCCUUCCUAGACAUUGACGCAGACUGGGGGGGCCUCCCGCCUCCUGCUGCUGCCCAGCUCGCCCGCCAGGGGGCCCCCCACGAGCCCGCUGCUGCUGCUCCGCCCAGCAGCAGCAGCAGCAGCAGCAGCAGCAGCAGCAGCAGUAACAGCAGCAACAGCAGCAGCAACAACAACAGCAGCAGCAGCAGCAGCAGCAGCAGUAGUAGUACGAGUCCCACCAUUGGUAUUAGUGCAGAGGGACCCUUCCUGCCGGCAAAGACUCCUGCGGGAGCUGCUGCUGCAGCAGCAACAGCAAAAUCAGCAGCAGCAGCAGAAACAGCAGCAGCAGCAGAAACAGCAGCAGCAGCGAACACAGUUGCUGCUGCGACGCAGCAAACAAUCCCCGGAUGCUGCAAAUGCACCACCCAAGACGCAGCCGCGCCGCCCAAUGCAGCAGCAACUGCAGCAGCAACUGCAGCAGCAACUGCAGCAGCAACUGCAGCAAAUGCAGCAGCAGCUGCAGCAGGGACGGAAGGGACAGCAGGGACAGCAGCAGCUGCGACGACAACUCCGCCGGUUGCAGCAGCAGCAGCAGCAGCACAAGGCCUUGCAGAAACGCCGCCGUCGUGCCCCGCAGCAGCAGCAGCAGCAGCAGCAGCAGCAGCGACAGCAGCAACAGCAGCAACAGCAGCAACACCCGCAGCAGCAGCAACAGCAGCAACAGCAGCAGGGGAGGCCGUAGUCCCCUUGCUCGCAGGGCUGCCUGGCCUUGCUGCGGGGGCCCCCCAGGCAGGUGGGGGCCCCCAGGGGCCCCUGGGGCCCCCAAAGUCUCCAGAGGGGCCCCCCUCUCCCCUGGGGUCCCCAGGGGGCCCCCAAGAAGUGGGUACUGUGUGGUUUUUGGUAUUAAGGGGUUCUCCUUUAAGAGAGGAUUUGUGGCUGCGUGUUGCUGUGGGGCCCGAGGGGGACUUGCUGCAGCAGCAGCAGCUGCAGCAGCAGCAGCAGCAGCUGCAGCAGCAGCAGCAGCAGCAGCAGCUGAAGGGGAUGCCGCCCUGCAAAAACCGGGCCUGGCUCGAGGCUUUGCUAGCCGUCAUGCGACAAGUCCAGCAGCAGCAGCAGCAGGUGCUGCAGCAGCAGAUGCAACAGAUGCAACAGCAGCAGCAGCAGAUGCAACAGAUGCAGCAGCAAAUGCAACAGCAGCAGCAGCAGACGCAGCAGCAGACGCAGCAGCAGACGCAGCAGCAGACGCAGCAGCAGACUUGA